CACACGCUGCUGCGUUCCUCUCAUCGGCUUCGAGCCUCCGAACUCCCGAUACUAGCUACUAGCUCUCCCCCGUCCUCGCCUCCGAUCCCUUCCCAACGCCACAGCGGAGAGAGAGGCUUGGGCGGCGGCGCUUCCUCCGCCGGCCGGUCGAUGGAGAACGAGCCGCCGCCGGCGCCUGGCGGCGUCAGCCUCGACGACCUCUCCCCGCGCCGCCGCCGCUCCUCCCCCGCCCCCGCCGCCGACGACCGCCGCCCGCCGGGGGAGGCCUUCGCCUGCAACUACUGCCACCGCCGGUUCUACAGCUCGCAGGCGCUGGGCGGCCACCAGAACGCGCACAAGCUCGAGCGCACCCUCGCCAAGCGCAGCCGGGACAUCCUCGCCGCCCCCGCGCCGCCGCCCGCCGUCGUCUUCCGCCCCGCAACGCCGGAAUGCAGCAGCAGGGACGGCUUCCCGCUGCCGACGGCGUACGGCGCCACCACGUGGUCGUCCGUGGGCGCGGAGGACGCCACGGCGCUGCAGGCGGCGCCACCGGCGGCACAGAGCGUCGUGAUGGACAUGGCAGGCUGGGGGGCGGAGGCGGCCGACGGCGGCUGCGGACGCCUCGGCCUCGGCCUCGGCCACGGCCGGAACGGCGAGGAGAUCGACCUGUCGCUCAAGCUCUGAUCGAUUAGAUAUAUUCAAUUCAGAUCAGAUGCUGCUUGCUUCAUUAGUUGUUGCAUCUGUCGUAAGCCGCCCAAUUAAUCUCUCUCUCCGGCCAAUUCGCUGCAAGUCGCCUUAGCUAAUUAAUUGCUUGCUACCCCACUCUUUGAUGAUCAGGUGCUCUAAGCUUUGACUAGCUAAGCUAGCAUAUAUAGUCGACUUGCUGAUAAUCCUCAAUCUAUAUAUAGCUAGGCCUCUCCAUAUAUAUGGUCUCAUUUAUAUUUAUAUUUAUCUACCUAUAGGUAUCAUGGACAUCAUGCUUCUAUGUUUCCUGCAUAUGCUCAAAAUUGUUUGCAUACCUGUGUUAACAGUUGAUGGGCUAGCAUAUAUUAUUAUAUGGUCCUCAGAUAAAGCUAUCAAUUAAUAAUUGAGAAUAA